UCCCGAGCGUGGUGGCAGUCACAUGAUCUCGACAGAUGAUCUGGAAUAUCCACGAGAGUACCGGACGCUGGGGAACAGCGCUCGGCGGUUCUCCAAUGUGGGCCUGGUGCACACGUCGGAGCACCGCCACACCGUCAGCGCUGCCCAGAGUCUGGAGGCCCUGACAAACCUGCACAAGGCUGACAUGGAACGCAAGAGGGAUGCCUUCAUGGAUCACCUGAAGAGCAAGUACCAGCAGCAGCAGCAGCAGCUGCAGCAUCCGCACCACAGUCCACACCACAACCCACCAUCACCCUCACCCUCCCACGCCAGCAUGAGGGGCACCUCAGAGCGGUCUGCACGAGAACAGCAACAGCCCAACUACUGGAGCUUUAAGAGCCGUAGUCCAAGGCAUUCCCAGUCUACCCAGUCUGGGCUUGCCGACCAGGCCGCCAAGCUCUCCUUUGCCUCCGCUGAAUCUUUGGAGACCAUGUCAGAGGCCGACAUCCCCAUCGGAUUCAACCGGAUGAACCGAUUUCGACAGAGCCUGCCAUUGUCCCGCUCUGCCAGCCAGAAUAAGCUACGAUCUCCAGAUGAAUAUUCAGGCGUGCUGUUCCUGCAGUACGGAGAUGAGACACGCCGAGUGCACAUAACCCAUGAGCUGAGCAGCCUGGACACGCUGCACGCCCUCAUCGUGCACAUGUUCCCUCAGAAGUUGACAGCAGGUAUGCUGAAGUCACCCAACACAGCCAUUUUGAUCAAGGAUGAGGCACGCAACGUCUUCUACGAGCUGGAGGACAUCCGGGACAUCCAGGACCGCAGUAUCAUCAAGAUUUACCGCAAAGAGCCCAUCUACGCCUCCUACCCUGCUGCUCCACACCUGGCUAACGGAGACCUGAGGAGGGAGAUGGUAUACUCCUCUCGUGACUCCUCUCCAACUCGCCGUCUCAACACCCUCCCCUCCUCUACAACUUCAGCAUCUUCUGGCUCUCCAUCCCGUUCACGUCUCUCCUACAGCGGGGGCCGCCCUCCAUCCUUCGCUGGGGGGUCCCAUCCCCAGCAUGAACAGCCCAGACACGCCCACCAUCCUUCAGCCGGCCACGCCGUCAAUGCAGGCUUGUCUCCUUCACCCAGCGCCAUCCUAGAGCGCCGCGACGUCAAGCCUGACGAAGAGGUUUCUGCAAAAAAUAUGGCACUGAUGAAGAAUGAGUCACUAUAUGCAGAUCCCUACAGUUUGAUGCACGAGGGCCGUCUCAGCAUCGCCUCCACACAGUCAUUAGCUGCUAUCGGAGACCCCUUUAGCUUCCCUGUUUCAACUGGCCUAUACCGCCGUGGCUCUGUGAGAUCCCUUAGCACAUAUUCAGCAGCUGCUCUUCAGGGGGAUCUAGAGGACUCUCUCUACAAGCCUGGAGGUUCACUCUACUCUGACACAUAUUCCUCAGCCACACUGGGCAUGGGUUUUCGCAUGCCACCCUCAUCCCCACAGAAAAUCCCUGACAUGCAGCUGAGGGACAGGGACUCAUAUUCCAGCUCACCCAGCAGAGCCUCACCGGUCAGGCAGACCUUCCGCAAGGACUCAGCCUCCUCCUCUGUGUUUGUGGAGAGCCCAAAGUCAAGGCCCAGCUCCAGCUCAGAGCCUCUGUGUCUGACAGCUGGGCCUGGGGAGGGUGGCAGGGCCACACCUGGUUUUGGUUCUUCAAUAUCUGGAGCUGACCCUGACAGUAGCAGGGACCAUCGUCUGGAGCGUAUGGAGGCCAUGGAGAAGCAAAUAGCCAGCCUGACAGGCCUGGUCCAGAGUGUGCUGACCAGAGCACCAGACAGUGACAGCACAUGUGGCCUGCUGCGUCUCUGCAUGAUGGCGGGCUGCCCUCCGGACCAAGGGACGGAGUUCUCACGGCCAUUACCUUUCUCUUCCAGCGAGAAGACCGAAACCAACAGCGACGGCUCCGCCACUGGAACUGGACGAUCAAAGAAGAAAGGUACUCAUACACCAUCGGCACCUCUAGCUCUGAUGCCGCCUCCACCUUCUAACACAACCCCGGUGAACAGUGUCAGCCGCUUGCAGAUGCAGCUCCACCUGCACGGUCUGCAGCAGAACGCCACCGACCUGCGCAAACAGCUCUCCCAGCUGCGCAAGAUACAGAUGGACAACCAAGAUUCGGUGCGAACUCUGUUGAAACGGACAGAAGCAGAGUUGAACGUGCGUGUGGCUGACGCUUUAAGGAAGCAGGAGGAUCCUCUGCAGAGACAGCGCCUCCUGGUGGAGGAGGAGAGACUCAAGUACCUUAAUGAGGAGGAACUCAUCAUUCAGCAGCUCCACGACCUGGAGAAGUCAGUGGAGGAGAUCCAGAAGGAGUCGUCUGUCAACCACAAGCUGGUGACAGUGCAGGAGCUGGAGGAAAAGGCCACCGUUCUGAGAAAACUGGGAGAAACACUCACAGAGCUGAAAAAUCAAUUCCCUGGCCUGCAGAGUAAAAUGAGGGUGGUGCUCAGGGUGGAAGUGGAAGCCGUCAAAUUCCUGAAAGAAGAGCCUCACAGACUCGAUGCACUGUUAAAACGCUGCAAGACUAUAACUGAUACCCUCGCAACCAUGCGCAAGCAAGCAAAUGAAGGCGUGUGGAAGAAGCAGGAGGACUUUUCUAGUCCUUCAUCAAAGCACAACGAGGAUUUGCGAAAGUUUGCAGACUUUGACAUCCCCACCAGCCCACCCCUCACCAUCAAUGACCUUGGUGGAGGAAACAGCCUGUCCAACUGGAGCCCCCAUACCAGCCUCAGCCGUAGCCAUGGGAACCCGUCCGGCCCUCACAAGGACAAUCACCCCCCUGUUCCCCACAAAGGCAAAGCCCUGGAGGAGCUGGAACGCCGUGCUGCUGCUGACAAAGCUUUGUCCGUGGAAGUACGACUGGCAGCAGAGCGAGAUUGGGAGGAGAAGCGAGCAAGUUUGACCCAGUACAGCGCCCAGGAUAUCAACCGACUACUGCAGGAGACCCAGGCUGAGCUAAUGAAGGCUAUUCCAGACCUGGACUUUGCUGCCAAACAGAUCAAGCCCUCUUCCAACACACCAUCCUCCCAGAACCCCCAGAGUGGUGUGGGAACCUCAGAGCACCGUGUCAACAAGCCCCAGCACAAGCUUUCUGGGAAAGAGGGGGGAUCCAGGCGUGGCUCUGAUGAGCUUACAGUGCCUCGAUAUCGCACAGAGAAACCCUCCAAGUCUCCUCCUCCACCACCACCUAGACGCAGUUUCCCGUCUUCUCCAGGCCUGACCACCCGUAGCGGAGAGACCCUUGUUCCCGGCAAAAGCAUAAAGAAGACUGACUCUGAAGAGGUUGAAAGCCAGAAGCCUCACAUAAAACUGAGGAGGACAGUGUCCGAAAACCCUCGUCCUGCAUCAACACCUCCCACACUAGCAUCUGGGGACAAGGAAGAAGGAGAGGAGGAGAAAAUUGCUGCCGAAUUGGAGGGAAGGCGCUUGUCUCCUGUCCCCCACAUUGUGUUGACAGAGUGUUUGCCAGUUUCACCCACUGCCUCAGAGGAGCCGGUCAGAGAUACCGCAAAUUACUCUGCAGAUGAGAGUCCAUCACAAGACUGGACAGGAAGGCAGUCAUUUGGAAGCGCUCCUCAGCAGGAGUUGAGGUCCCAGCAUUGUUUUGAGGAGGAUAUAGAAUUUAAAAAAGAGUUGGCCCUGCUGUUGACAGAGCUGGAGGUGAAAGUGUUGUCUGCCUUUGAGGCUGAGGAGCUCAGCAAGACUAUGGGAGGAAUUCUGCAGACUCUGACCAUCUCACCACACACUCAAGAAGUGUCUGAGGUCCAGCUGAGUGACAGGCCACUCCUAGUGUGCUUCAGGGAGGAAAAAACAGUGAGAGAGGCCUAUAGGCUGCUGCAUUCCCUUUUGGAGUCGUCUAAGCCGGUGCCGAAACCCAGAAUAAAAUCCUCCUUCCAUCUGAGCCAACAGAGCUCUCUGGUGAAGGUUCUGAGGAGAGGAAUCGAGACAGGGGACAGGAUACUGACACUACAGCAUGACACUGAGAUUAAGGUGAUUCCCAAGGCGCAGCAGAGUUCAGUAAACACUACUCUCGAGUCCAGUGGAUCAACUCCAUCUGUGGACAGUCUAACAGAACAGAGCCAGAGGAAAAAAAGAGAAGAUGUUCGACGUAACACCUAUAUGAGGCUGAAUAGUUUGGAGGAGACCAUUCGUGAGCUGGAAAACACCUUGAUAGAGAUCAGUGGCCAUCCCACAUCAGAGCAGCUCUACACUGAGUCAUUCUCCAAAAGCUCUCCUGUACAGAUUACUGGCAGUCCAACAUCAGAGACACAGAAGCCGCCAGUCCCACCCAAGCCAUCCUCUAUGAGCCCAGCAUCGAUCCAGGGAGGGAAUAGUUCCAGUGUUGGUAAGGUUGCCCACUCCUCAGCUGCCUCCAAACUGAAGCACCUGCAGCAGAACAGCACAGACAAGUAUAAAAGUGGCAAAAAAGAGGACUUCCUGAAGAUCCAGGGCCAGCAGCAGACCUCGGCGACCAACAGCUUCAGUGGCAGUAUUGAGCCAUACCUCUCUGGUCUCAAAACAGGCAUUUUCUCAGGCCGAGUGCCCUCUCCUGCAGCAGCGUUUGCCCCUGGUCUGAGGAAGUACCCCCAGGAUGGGGCAAUACCCUCCCUGACUGCCUCCCCCAGCCAAGCAAAGGCCCUGUUGGCAAGCCUGUCUGCCUCUGGCUUGAGUGCAGAGGCCCUGCUCCUCUCUUCUACCCUCCGUCAUCACCGGCUUUUACGCGAGCAGCGAGCUUCCUCCUUGCCCUUGCCCAGCAGCGAGUCCUCCUCUCCUACUCCCACUGCAACCUCUUCCUCUUCCUCCUCACCCACCACCCCUACUCCUUCCCUGUCUCCCUCUUCUCCAACUCCUUUGAGUCCCCUAACCCUCUCCUCUGUGGUUAAUAAGCCCAAUGGUCGUAGCCUUGAUAACUCCAGCCUCAACAGCUGCAAGGAGGGUGGCAGAGAGCCUGUGAAUAAAGACGUCACCCAUGGCAACUCCAAGUGA